AUGGAAACAGCUGCAAAUCAAUAUUAUAGGCAAUAUAAAGAGAAAUGUUUUUCUUAUAUAGUUUAUAAAAUAAAUAAAAAGGAGAAAAAGAUCUUUGUCGAAUAUGAAUUACCAAAUGAUGCAAAUUUUGACCAACUGUGCUCUACUUUACCAAAUAGUAGUUGUCGAUAUAUUACCCAUUUUAAUGGAAAUACUAUAUUUUUAAUUAUAUGGACACCAGAAUCAACAAUCAAAGAAAAAAUGUUAUAUUUAAGCUCAACUUCACCAUUCAUAAUAACUCAUCCUGCCACAACUCUGAGAACUACCACAUUUUCAGAACUAAGAAUGCAAUGUGAAAAUAUGGAAAUAUAA